AUGGUUCUUUUUAGAGAAGGGUUCCUCACACGGUCCCAAAUCAAUUAUCAGCUUGUAUUUAUUCAGCAGAGGUACUUGCUUCUCAAGACAACCCAUCUCAAACUCUGCAAGCCAUCAGUAGACUCAGAAGGAUUUAAGUUGAAAACCAUCUUGGCCUGCCUUCUUGUUCUUGCUGUUAGCAUUCCACUGUCCAAUGCUUAUUGUGUCCGUCAGCCAUCGAAGCCAGAGUUGUCUGAUGGCAAGAUUGUAGGAUGUCGUGACUUGAAUGGAGAGCUGCAUGAACUUGAUUCCCAGUGGAGGACUGACAGCUGCCAUGAUUGCUCUUGUUCUGAGGGUGCAAUUGACUGCUGCUCCAGCUUCUCAACACCAUCUGACUAUGAUGAAGAGAAUUGUGUAAGCAUUUUCAACAAGGAGACCUGCACUUAUAAAGUAGUGGAGAAAGAUGAUCACUCAAAAGAAUGCCCAGUACAUGAGUGGGUGGGCUAAUAAAGAAGGAUUGUGGAUUUGGGAAUUAUUUCCUUUUUUGUUUGUUUUAAGAGUUCUUUAUCACAAAUGAAAACAACCUGAAAAAUGCAGCUGUAAAGUGAAAUCUACUCAUAAAUCCUAAUGCACAAUAAAACUGAGUAUCCACUCACAAA